CCGGGCUAGGCUGGUGGAGGGGUUGGAGGCCCUGGUGGUAGGGGCGUAUGAGCUGGGACCGCUAGGCUGGGAUCCGAGCGGGGCCAAGAGCCGGCAGCCGGCAGGGAUCAGGGCACUUGGACGGCGGGAUCGAAGGGGGCUGGCGCUUGAAGGCCCCGGCCGCGGCGGAUUCUCGGGAGGUAGCGCUGCGCGGGGAUGGGCCGGGGUGAGCCCCGCAAACGCAGGGCUACCAAGGGGCGGGUGAGGACCUUGUCGCCCUGUAGGAACAGGCUCGCCCGGGUUAGUUGAGGUUCUGGGCUUGAUUCGUGAAGGAGCCGAGCGUACGCGACUGUGUGGCACCGCAGAGACCGCUGUCUACUGGAUACCGCCUCAUCACCAAUCCUUGCUUGGAGGCCAGGCCGGCGGCUGCCUUCCUUUUUCCUCUUAUGACGCGUGACCGGUCGGCUCAUCUUUUCAUCGAGGCAUUCCUCGCGAUAUUACCGUAAGGUGACUGUCCGGCUGGUCCAGCACCAUGCACACACUUGUUUUCCUCAGCACACGUCAGGUGCUUCAGUGUGAGCCAGCUGCCUGCCAGGCCCUGCCCCUGCUGCCCCGAGAGCUCUUCCCCCUGCUGUUCAAGGUGGCUUUCAUGGACAAGAAGACGGAUGUGCUGCGUGAGCUGGUGUACUCGUGGCCCUUCCCACUGCUUAGCUUCCAGCAGCUGCUGCAGGAGUGUGCCCACUGCAGCCGAGCCCUGCUGCAGGAGCGGCUCAGCACGGAAAGCAUGCAGGCUGUGAUCCUGGGGCUGACCGCCCGGCUUCACACCCCAGAAGUGGAGGCUGGCGCACAACCCACCUGCAGGAAGCAGGCACUGCGGGUACUGGACAUGACUGGUCUCCUGGAUGACGGAGUGGAGCAGGAUCGUGGGACCAUGAACGUGUGGGACUGUGCAGCGGCCGUGGCCAGAACAUGCAUUGCUCAGCAGCACGGUGGGGGUGUGGAGCCGGGGCUGGCCCCCGUCCCCGUGGAAGUUCGGGUAGACCUUCGGGUAAACCGGGCCUCCUACACAUUCCUUCGUAAGGCACUCCAGAGCAGUGCGGACAGCCCCCUGCGGAUCUGCUGCCGGGACCUCCGGGCUGAAGAUCUGCCCAUUCACAACACUAUGGCCCUGCUGGAGGUUUUGGAUGCGGGCUGCCUGCGCCGUAUAGACCUGCGCUUCAAUAACCUGGGGUUGCGUGGCCUGUCUGUCAUUAUCCCACACGUGGCCCACUUUCACCACCUAGCUAGCCUGAGACUGCAUUACGUGCAUGGGGACUCAAGGCAGGCUUCCGUGGAUGGUCUGGAUAACUUUCGCUACUUUCUGGCUCAGAUGGGCCGCUUCAUCUGUCUUCGGGAGCUCAGCAUUGGCUCUUCUCUCCUUUCCGGCAGGCUGGAUCAACUGCUCAGCACCCUGAAGAGGCCCCUGGAAAGCCUAGAACUGGGCUUCUGUGCACUGUUACCUGAGGACCUACACUUCCUGGCUCAGAGCUCUCACGCUGCCCACCUUAAAAAGCUGGAUCUGAGCGGCAACGACUUGUCAGGGGACCAGCUGACCCCCUUCCAGGGUCUGCUGCAGGCUGUGGCGGCCACACUGCUGCAUCUUGAGCUGACCGAGUGCCAUCUUGCUGAUGCUCAGCUCUUGGCCACACUGCCCACCCUGACUCGCUGUGCCAGCCUCCGCUACCUUUGUCUCUAUGGCAAUCCUUUGUCUACGGCAGGACUUAAAGAGCUGCUUCAGGACUCCGCGGUACAGGCUGAGCUGCGCACUGUGGUGCACCCCUUCCCUGUAGACUGCUAUGAGGGCCUUCCUUGGCCGCCACCUGUCUCUAUCCUUCUGAAAGCCUCCAUCAAUGAGGAGAAGUUUGCCCGUGUAGAGGCUGAGUUGCACCAGCUGCUGUUAGCUUCGGGCCGUGCCCAUGUACUCUGGACCACAGACAUCCAUGGGCGGCUGGCUGCAGACUAUUUCAGCCUCUGAUCUCUAGGGUUUGGGUGAGGUCAAGAGCCUUUGGGACCCUGCAGGAGGCCUGACACAAAGGCCCUCACCUUAGGUUUCCUGCAGAGUUUGCCUUGCUCCUGGGUAUACCUUGAGUCACCUCUGCUUUCUGCAGUGCCCUUCACCUGCGCCCAGGAUCUGGGUGACUUGGUGUUUCAGGCCUGUGCCCCGCUGCUCUGUAGGGCUGCACUUGACGGCUCUUCUAGGCUGCAGCCCCUCUGCAGGAAACAGCAGCACAUCCCAUACCCUUAGCAGGAGUGCAAUGCCUUAAGGCAGAUGUAUGCAGAUCUGCCUCGGGCGGUUUGGGAGUGCCCCAUGCAGUCUGGGGCCUUACACCGUGUACCCUGCCUAGCACCCGAGGCACCCUGUUACCUGGCUCUGGAAGGUGUGAGCAAGGUACAAACGUGCAGUAUCUGGAAUGUGAGUUUAUGGCUCUGUUGGGUUUUAUGUGUCCUAUAUGGAUGGGAAAGACUUGCCUGCAUUUCUAGUGUUGUCUUA